UAAAAAACUAUGGAGUUCUUAUAAGGCUUUCUACAUCUAUUAAUCCCUACCUACCUUACCCUACCUACCUUACCCUACCUACCUUACCCUACCUACCUUACUAUAACACCCACCCUCACACAGUAAGAGCUAAAUGUAUGGAAACCAUCGUGAAAUAAAUUAUUUGGAAAUCCGCAACUUCCGAGAUUACAGACGAUAUAAUGUUAGCAUUAGCCGUCUACCCAGUUGAUGAACCCAUUUUAAAACGACCCUGAUAUCGUAUCCCCGGGACUGAACAUCCACACUCGAGACAUUGAAUUAAAGACUGCGAUAAAUUACGCCCUGAAAUUUUGCUCCCGUAGCAGCGACUAUUGAUCCCUGAAAAAAGAAUCGACGUCUAUCCAAAUUACUCCUAGAGGGCCUUACAUGCGUCAAUUGCUAUAUACAUACAUACGUAGAAUACAUGAUCUACCUACUCUACAUAACAUCUUGCUCUACCGAACACCCUACCCAUCCCGAAUCUACAAUCGGGAUCGUCAAGCAGAAGAAGAGGAAAAAUCGAAGUAAAUCACAACAAAACAAAAAUACAUGAAAAGCAAACCCCCAGCUAGAAAAUACAAAGAAGACAAACAGGAAAACAAGAAAAUAGAGACACUUAUAGUCAAUAAACGCCUUCCACCCCGACUCUCCCCUCCUUACCCCAGCUUGCCCCCUUCCCUCUAUCUCAAAUCCCAACAUCCCCCCCCGCCCCCGAAACAACCCAUCACAGCAUCUGUUCAACCCAAGGAAGCCACUCCUCGCCCCCCUCAUUCUCAACAAUCUUCGGAAACUCAUUCUCCUUCCCCUCCCCAGCAUCCCCAUAAAUAUACCUCCUCAACUGGCGUCUCGAGCACCCCUCUUUCCUCGCGACCUCGAAGUAAAAAUUCCCCAAGACCUCCUUCUCCUCAAGCAGCUCCGUCCGUCCAUACUGCUCGAUCAGCUUAUCCCAUUUUUCAACAAGGUCCGGGUAUUUCUUGAGGUGUUUGUGGAAGUUGGCGCGGAUGUCGACGGCGGUGAGACCGCUGCUGCGAAGGAUCUUUUCGCCGAUUGUGAGUUGCCAUUGGUGGACUACGGGGGUGAGGAGGCGCUCGAGGGCGUGCUCGGCUUCGUC